GCGCUGAGCCACAUGAUGGUCGAGCUGGGCAUUGCCAUCGAUGGCGGCAAGGACUCCCUCUCCAUGGCUUCCCGCGUGCCGCUGGGCAACGGCCAGGUCGAGACAGCCAAGAGCCCGGGGCAGUUUGUGCUCACGGUCUACGCCCCGGUGCCCGACGUCCGUAUCAAGGCCACGCCAGAUCUCAAAACCAAAGGCGACGGUGUGCUGCUCUUCGUGGAUCUCGGACAGGGCCCGCCCGUUCUCGGAGGGUCUGCGCUGUCACAGGUCUUCGCUCAGCUGGGUGCCGGUCCUUCGCCGCAGGUGGAUGGCCAGGCGCUGAAG